AUGCUGAACAACACUGCGACUGACUCGGUCAAAGCUCUGCGGACAACUCUGACGGGCACUGCACCCAUCAUGAAGGCCGUGCGCUUCCACGGACGGGGCGACAUCAGGGUCGAUGAGAUCGAAGAACCGACAUGCGGGAAGGGACAGGUCAAGAUGCGACCUGCCUUCGUCGGAAUCUGUGGCAGUGACUUACACGAAUACCUGGGCGGUCCAGUCCUGGUACCCCAGGAACCGCACAAGAUCACCGGGGCCACGCACCCCGUAACCCUGGGCCACGAAUUUGGCGGGAUCAUUGAAGAGGUCGGCGAGGGCGUGACCCACGUCUCGCCGGGCCAGCGAGCCGUCGUACGGCCCACCAUCUUCGACAAAGAGUGCACGUCCUGCAAGCUGGGCUACGAAUACUGCUGCGAGAACAUCGGCUUCAUCGGGCUAUCAGGGUACGGCGGCGGUCUAGCCAAGUACAUCGUCGCACCAGCCGACCACUUCUACCCGCUACCGGACACCAUCUCCCUGGAGGCGGCGGCGCUGAUCGAGCCCCUGGCGGUGGCCUGGCACGCGGUGAACAUCUCCCCCUUCAAGCCCGGCGACAGCGUCCUGGUCCUCGGCGGCGGGCCCGUGGGGAUCGGGAUCGUGCAGGUCCUGAAGAUGCAGGGGGCGCAGAACAUCCUGGCGGCGCUCGACGAGGCGAUCGGCGCCUGUCGCACCCACGGCACGAUUGUCAAUAUCGCGGUCUGGGAGAAGCGGCCCGCCUUGAGGGUGAAUGACCUCAUGUAUAGCGAGUUGAAGUAUACGGGGUCGGCGCUGUAUGAUGAGAGCGCGUUUGUGGGUGUGAUUCAGGCGCUGAAUCAUGGCCAGUUGGCUCCGGAGAAAAUGGUCACCGCGAAGAUCGGGUUGGAUGAUGUGGUGGUGAAGGGGUUUGAGGAGCUGGUGAAUCAUCGAGAUGCGCACUGCAAGAUUCUGGUCGAUGUGCAGGCGUAG